AUCUCUAGAGUCUGGACCUAAAUAUGAGACAAAUAUGAGACAAAUAUGAGACGAUUGUAGACCUAAAACACACCAAACAAAUGGCACAACAACUGGAUUUCAAUCAAAAGUCAAGACGUGUUUCUCUGACAUCAGAUUUGCCACAUUUGGCAUCAUUUGAGUCAACACACAAACAACAACAGCCAUCACAUCAAUCACUAGAAGAAACACUUUCACAUCCGGGGUAUCUUCAGAGGUAUCUUAAGCAGUAUCUUCAGGGGUCUUGCAAUGUCCGGUCGUAUGAGCCGACGGUCAAGUAAAGUAUCUCAGGACACGUUGAUGUGCUCUCAACAGUCGAUACUGUCAGCGAUGGACCGAUUUGUUAAAGCCGUGAAUAAUAUGGAUUCAACUGUUUUGGUUCCGUCAAAAUUGCGUGAUAUGGAUAUGGCCUCAUCGGCUAAAACGAAUCGAUGUCCUCCUAUUCCUCCAACUUUGGCCAAUACAGACCUUCACUCGUUUUAUUUAAUGCUCAACGACGUCAAGAAAGAGUUAUUAUGGGGACCGGCAUCUCAACACAACACUAAUUUAAUGGCAUUUAAUGGGCGAACCUCUCCUCGAGAUCUGAAGCACGUUCGACAACCAUCUGAUGACAGUUUGGGAAGUCUUGGUUCAACAGUGGGAUCGAGUUCUUCAGAUCAGGACACUGAUAGUGAGGCCGAUAGUUUGAUGACCGAUAGGGAUAGUAUUGAUGAACACACCUCCCACUUGGCCGCUGCCUUUCGGCAUCACUUACAGGGGUUGCAUACAAUUCUUCAUCAAUUAGCCGAUUCGGCUGAUUAUCUGUCUUCCAGAUAUCAAGAAGACAUUGACGCGUCAUCUCUAUAAUCACUUGAACAUCGACUCACUUAUCAUUUGAUUUUUUUUCAUAAUUAUUUCAAUUUAAUGUAUUUUUAAAACUUGUUUUAUUGAUAUUAUCGUCAAAUUCACUAUAAAUGGCAUUCAUUUUAUUUUUAAAAAAUGUUAAAAUUGAAAACUGAGUUAAAAUGUGAUAAUGUACUGUAUAUUAUUAAUAUUGAUCACAAAUACCAAUUAAUGUAAAUGCUUUAUUUAUUUAUUAAUUAUAUUAUAAAAUUAA